AUGGCAGCCUCUGCACAAGAUCCGCCUUUACCCUCUACGCCAACUCGCUCAACCAGAGGCCGGAUUCGCACUCCUCCGGCUCCAUUGUUUGGGUACGGCGACUAUGAGCCUUACAGUCCUCCCCGCCGUUCGUCUAGAAUUGCCCAACAACAGCUUCAGCGCGCAGCCAAUCGCACUCCCUCUCCUCAGCCCACUGGCCGUAAAAUUUCCUCUGACAACAAAAAUACUGAGGAUCCUUUCCUUUGUUCUCCUAAAACUAGAAAACCACGCGCUUCUGCAAUUGCUAUGGCAACUCCAGCAGAUUCUCCUCAAAAGAAACGCCAGCCGCCUAUCGACCCCGCUCGCCGUGUUUCGGGCACCAUUACCGCUGAAGCCGCUGCCAGUGCAGCCGUCGCUCUCGGUUUGGCUCCCCAUCCCGACGACGUUUUUUCGACUUCUACCACUACCAAGACUGCUACUGCUACUACCACCACUACUCGCGCAACCGCCAUGGCAACCGGCGCCGGCAUGCUCAUCACCCCGGCCAAGACCCCGGCGAAGCCGCCGACCGACCAGGUCAAGGCCAAGGUCAAGUCGGUCGCUCGCAACCUGUUUGGCGCUAGCACUUCGACUGCCUCCGACGACGACGUCAUGCCUAACCCGCGGAGGUCCCGGUCGCAGACCAAUGCGCUCGACACGUUUGGCAUCAGCUCCAGCGAGCCGUCCUUUGAGAUUUAUACCGAUUCGCAUGAGCGCGUGCCCGAGAUCGAUGAGAGCCCCGAUAACCCGUUUUAUGUCAGCAAUUCGAGCAUUGCCAGCAUUCCUCCGCCGGAGCCGCCCCGCCGAAGAAGCAAGCGCCAGCAGAUGGUGACUAUCCCGGGCGAGGGCAAAGUCACGAUUGAGGAGGCGGUUCGUCGCGAGGAUGGUGUUCUUAUUACCUUCCGCGGCAAGAAGCAGUUCCGCAAGUUCUCCGAGAUGCCCGCCGAAGACCUCGACCAAGGCGAGGGCGGUCUCGAGGGCGCCAUCUCCCGUCCCUUGACCCGCUCUUCUCUCAAGCCCCGCCUUCUCUUCCCCGUCGCCAAGCCGACCCAGCCCACUCCCACUGAGACCGACUCCCAAGUCAGCCGCGAAGACGAGGAAGCCGCCACUGACAUCGAGGACCACGUCCUCACCAAUCUUAAGGCUAAAGAGAAAGAGAAGACCGCCGCCAAAGAGCCCAAAGAGUCCAAGAACGCAGGCCUUGGCCCCGGCCCCGCUACCCCCGCCGAUCUUGUCGCCUCCCCCUCCCAGGACCCCGACACCCCCGAAGCCCCGCGCUUCACACCCACUUCUCCGCCCGCCACUGCGACGACCACUUCCGGCAGGGUUACUCGCUUCAGCAGUACCAAGGGAGCUACCGCCACGCCUGCAACAGCUGCAGCUACAGCUGCGACAACGGCAGGCAGCAGCAAGAAGCCGGCUACCAAGAAGCGCAGCCCCUUUGAUGGCUGGCGCCGUGUUAAGGGCGGCGCACAUGCGUCUACUUCUGCUGCUGGAAGCGCAGGUGGUGUGGGUGCGCAAAAGCGGCCUGGUGAGGAGCUGCCGGCUAUGGUGAAUCCCCCGCCUAAGAGGACCCGCGCUUAG